AACAGUUUCCAUUGAAGAGUGCUUUCAGAACCAUUCUGCCUUCCUGCGCAUGUUUUUGUUUUUUUGUUUUUUUAAAAAAAAUUGGGGGUAAUUUCUCGGCUGUGACGUUCACUUCAAUGCAAUCAGGAAACCAAUAGCCCAUCUGCAAUAUAAGGGCAACCUUUCGUGUCCUUUGAUCAGAAAUUCAUCUUUCCUACCUUUGUCUGAAUCUCUUCUGCAAACCAGGUCAAUCCACCCCCAUUCAAAGCCAGGCCAAUUGGCAAGGGGUUGAGGGGGCUGGAGGACUUACCUUUCUUUCGGAUGCAAGGAUGACUCUACUCCUGCUUUUCUGCACUCUUGUUCUUAUUCUGCAGAUGACCAGUGGAGAGAAGUACAAGGUGUGGGGUGAGGAAGGCAUAGGUGUGACCCUUCCUUGCUACCUAAGUCCCCAGGUGGUGAAAGACAACUUGAGGCACCUGCACAAAGGAUUAGAGAUUCACUGGGUGCGCCAUGGAGGCAGUUCUUCCAUGAAACGUCAUUUGGUGCUCAAGGUGAAGCCCAGUGGGCUGAAGAGUCUGGCCCAUUCCAUGAUGCGCCGAGUAACUGUCUGGGACACUGGCUUUCUUAAGGGGAAUUUUUCACUCCAGAUUAACCCAUUGCUGAAGGAAGAUGCAGGAACCUAUGAGGCACACGUGAGCCAUGGGAACAAGGACUGGCACUGCCUCGUGGAGCUUGGUCUGGUGUCAGUCACUGCUCACCCUUCUCGUCCUCUAAUUGAAUCUGAAUCGGUCAGGCUAAACUGCAAAUCCAGCCACCCAGGAAAUCCUACCAACGUCCUCUGGUUCCACAGAGAUGUCCUCGUCCGCACCUCCUACAGGCUUCAUCCUAUGGGUCAAACCCUGCUUAUCACUGAAUCAGUCAGUAGUGACAGUGGGCACUGGGUUUGCCAACUCACCUUUGCAGAUGGGGAGAUAAUUGUGGUCAGAUACAACCUGCAAGUUAUAGGAUUUACUGAGCAAGCCCCCUCUGUCAUCUAUACAGCAGCUGGAUCUGAUGCUCAUCUGCCCUGUGUCCUGAAUUCCAAUCCCACGAAUUAUGGAAUUUCAGAAGUGGCCAUCCAAUGGAGAUACAUGACAGGGAGAGAUCUGAAGGCUAAACCCACUCCCAGUUAUGAACAUUAUCAAGAUUUCACUCUUCAUCUCCCAGCUGUUGGAUUCAAUGAUGCAGGCCAAUAUCUCUGUGAGAUCACCAUCCAAGGCGUUACUAUAAUUCAGAAUGUCACUCUGGCAGUGAUGACAGUCAUUACCAACAUUGGGCCAAGAAUUCCUGAAGGUUCUGACUUGGUCCUCAUCUGUAACCUCAGCUACUACACAGGAAAAGAGCAUUUUCAGUGGAAGUGGCUGGACCUGGAAUCCAGCAACAGCUCUCAGUCUGGUUCCAGUAGGCCUGUGAAAUGGGGCCCAAUCCAGGAAUUCCGCCAGGUGUCAUCAAGGGAUGCAGGCAUCUGGGAAUGCAGUGCCCAUGGUCCAGAGGGGAAGCUGGGAUCGGUGCAGUAUCACCUGGAAAUUGCAGCCAGUGCCCAGCUUGCCAGCUUGCCCUCUGUACCAACUGAGACAAUAUUUGGCCUGUUACUAUUUUUUCUUGUUGUCUUACUCUUCAUCAUAGCUUUGGUCUACUUGAGACGAAGGAUGUAUUCCCUGAACUUCCAAGCGUUGGAUAGGAUUGUGGAUGCUUUGCCUGGGAAAAUAGAAAAGAAUGGAAGCCAGAAGAAGACUCUAGAAUUGGAAUACUAAAGGAA